AUGCCUUUCUUAGAUGCCGAUGAAAGUUGGAGUCUCUACUGCAAAGUGUUUGGAAAAAUUAAAUUUCCUUCAAAGUUUGAGCAAAUUGGUAGAGACAUAGUAAAGAAAUGUGAAGGAUUACCUCUAGCUAUUACUGUAAUAGCUAGUCUUCUCUCCAAGACAUUGGAGGAUGAGGAAAAGUGGAAAAAUGUUGCAAAGAGUGUAAUGGGUGAUUCUAAUGAUGCAUGUUCCAGAAUAUUAUAUCUGAGUUACAACCAAUUACCACACCACUUAAAAGCUUGUUUUUUGUAUUUUGGAGUUUUUCGGGAAGACUAUGAGAUCCCCAUGAAGAAGUUGGUUAGGUUGUGGGCAGCAGAGGGAUUUUUGAGGGUUGUGAAGCAUGUGAAUAUGGAGAAAGUGGCUAUGGAAUGCUUGCAAGAUCUUGUUGAUAGAAGUCUUGUUAUAAUUAGCAAACAUAGUUACAAUGGGGAAAUGAAGAGAAUAAGGAUCCAUGAUCUGUUACGAGAUUUGUGCUUGAGAGAAGCUAGACUUGAAAAUCUCUUGAAUAUCAAUGGAGCUAAAAAACCUUGUCGUUGGAUAAGUCAUACAUCGGGAUCUUUCUAUAAUGAAAUAUUCAAGUUUGAAGAUGAGUGCUUUCACAAAUCUCAUUCCUUUCACUUAAGUAGUCAUCUUUACUAUUUUUGGAAUGCAGAUGUGAAACGUCUAUUUUCACACUUGAAACUACUAAGAGUAGUAGACAUGAGAAAUAGAUUUUGGGAUGCAAUUAUAGACCUAAAUGUGUUUGCAAAUCUUGUUCAUUUGAGAUACUUAGCUUUGUAUACAAAUGACUAUUGUGGUGUAAACCUCUUUGAGCAUUGGUAUAAUAUGCAAACUUUUAUUGUUAGUGGGGAUGGUGUUAUAUUGUAUUCCUCUGAGCUAUUUGGAAUUUGGAAAAUGCCACUAUUAAGGAAUUUUUGUAUUGGAAGAAUUUGUUCAUUAGAAACUCCGUCGGUUGUUUAUAGAAACUUAGAGAAUAUAUCUUGGUUGGAGUCUAAGUUAUGUACAAAGGAUUUGUUUACAAUGAUUCCGAAUUUAAAAACAUUGGGGGUUGAUGGUGGAUACUAUGUUAAUAGUCCAUAUUGUUUUUAUAAUUUUGUGCACUUGGAGAAGCUUGAGAAACUAAGUAUCAGAAGGUGGAUGAAUCUCAACCUUGUUAUAUGUAGUAGCAUCCCAUGGACAACUAGUUUACCAAAUCUUAAGAAGCUCAGCUUGUUGAAGUGUAAUCUGCAGUGGAGUGAGCUGAGCGCUAUUAGUAUGUUGUCUAAUCUGGAGGUUCUAAAAUUGAUAGAUGCUUGUGAAGGUCCAGAGUGGGAGACAUCUGAUGGAGGGUAA